AUGCCGCCUUGUAACAUCUUAUUCGUUCAAGAACUUCUAGACAAGAUGUACACGUCUCCUUAUUGUCGUUUCGCACGGUAUCCUAGCAAUUUCUCACCUUCAGAGACACAAAGAUCUCGUCAAAACAGAAUCUUAUCUCGCAAUCCACGGCUUUUGGUAGCACUAACCUUUGUGCGGUUUGCGAAUUUGCUGAGCAGAGGAAGAUGGCGUCAGGUAAUCGAGCUGUCAUUGGAGAAGUUAUUGAGAGUGAUCCCCGACCUUGAUCUUCUUUCCAUUGAAUCCUAUCGUUGGGCUCCAGGCAUCAAUCAGCACAAAUUGGUGCUUCUUCUUUGGUCCAUUGAACUGGCGGACUUUAUGGAAUACUCAAUCUCUUUGGUCACUGAGAUAGAUAACAGAGCCCUCAACCCAAAAUUGGCAGGUACUCUCUACAAAAUGUUCAUAUGA